UGUGACUGAGACGAGCGCCGUGCAGUGGCGUUAGCUCCAGUUAGCACGAUGAUACAGUGUAACUCGGUAGAAACAGUCAUCUCGUGAUAAACAGUAAACCCUUACGAUACUUUAGAAAACAGAGGAUCCAUAGUUGUGAUGCAUUAAACGGCUUUAAAAAGUGAUAGUGUUGUCUAAGCUAGGCCUCGGCUGUACUGUAACGUUUAACUGCUCUGCAAAUGAAACCAUGGAGAACAACCCAGAAUGUAAACAGUGUUGUUAAACAUAUUUUGGCCUUAAUCUGAUACUUUUGGGGACCUACACAACCGGGAUUCAUGUCGCUUGCUAAACAGUUUGAUCUGGAAUUUCAGAAUGAACGGCGCACAGCAGAAUGACCUGAAAAGACAAAACUUGUUAGAGAGACUUCUUGAUGCAGUUAAACAGUGCCAAAUUCGCUUUGGUGGCAGGAAGGAGAUUGCCUCGGAUUCCGAUAGCAGAGUCAUAUGCCUGUGUGCCCAGUUUGAAGCGGUACUUCAACAUGGCUUGAGGAAAAGUCGCGGUUUAGCCCUCACAGCAGCUGCCAUUAAACAUGCUGCUGGAUUUAGCAGUAAAACUGAAGCAGAGCUGACGUUCUGGUUUUUUGUGAAGGAGCACCUCAACCGGCAUGAGUUGCAGCGUUUCUACUCUCUGCGGAAUAUCACGUCUGAGCAGGGCCGGGGCCGGGCAUGGCUUCGUUGUGCCCUGAACGAACACUCGCUGGAGCGCUACCUUCACAUGCUUCUGGCAGACCAUGCCCGCCUUAGUGCCUUCUAUGAAGACUGGGCUUUUGUCCUAGAUGAGGAGAGAGCCAGUAUGCUGCCCACCAUGGCUGCCGGGCUCAAUUCCAUACUGUUUGCCAUCAACAUCGACAACACGGACCUAAAUGGCCAGGUCCGUGGAGGGCCAUCUGUCUCCCACCUGCUGAAGGAGUCCACACAGGGCAUGAGCAGUUUGUGGAAAGAGUCUACUCAAGGUGUCAGCACUCUUUUGCGUGAAAUCGGUACCGCCACUGCAGUGGUUCCUGGUUUCAUCCCUCGCUCAGAUGCUCCAUCAGACCCUCUGCCUGUCCUGCCCCGCAGCACUUCUGCAGAUUCUGGAUUAAGAAAAGAGCGAAGACGUAAAAAGAAGAUCACAAACAUCAUCUCCUUUGAUGAUGACUUGGACGCGGGUGCAGAAGAUGAGGACGAGGCUGGUGAGGACGUUGUGAGGAGUCUCAGGAAGAGUACGGUGGGUCAUAUGAGUUCUGAGGAGGCUCUGGACCCUCUGGACUCCACCUCUCCUGUUCAUAACGGCCUGAUUGAGUCUGGGAUCGUGAGCUGGGCUGAAACACCCCCGCAGAACGGAGUACUGCCUGAUACCAAGAGCAUUGACAAUGAGGAGGAGGAAGAGGACGAUAUUUAUGGAAAGAGCAGGCCGAAACUGCCAGAAGAGGAUCAUGGGAAUGGGGAGCAGAUGGUUGUUGGGAGUUUAUCCAGUGUUUCCACAUGGAGUCCAAGGCAAAUCAUCACCGACAAUGACAACGACAACUCCCACAUUCUCAUACCUCUGGCCCCCAGCGAGCCCUACACACAACAAGCUGGCAGUUCAGUUGAGAAUGUUGAAUUUCAUGGACAGAAGGAGAGCUCAAGUCCACCAGCUGACGGCGAAAAACAAAGCCAGCUCCAGUUUAGCAUGGAGCCAGACUUGCCAGCACAAACUGUGACCAGUGUUUUGCCGACCCCUGGCCUUCCCGAAUCCAUGACCGUCGCUGAACUGCGGCAAGCCAUUGUGGCCAUGAUGAACAGGAAAGAUGAACUCAAUGAACAGAACAUGUCUCUGCGCAGUCUCCUGGAUGGAGAGAUGGAGCACUCUGCUGGGCUCAGGCAGGAGGUGGACAGCUUGAAGAAGAGACUGGCUGAGCUAGAGGAGAGACAUGCAGCCAAAGUCCAAGCUCUCAUGAGAGAAAAUGAGGUUCUGAAGGUCCAGCUGAAGAAGUAUGUUGGAGCUGUCCAAAUGCUGAAAAGGGAAGGCAGCCAAGGCAGUGAAGCAUUAACCAUUCAAAGGAAUUGUGACAGUCCCCUUCCAGCCCCACAAAAUCGGUCUGUAGCUGAUAUAGAGGAACUGGCUGCCAACUAUGAGCGUAAACUCAUUGAGGUGGCUGAGAUGCACGGAGAGCUGAUAGAGUUUAACGAGAGGCUGUACCGCUCCCUCAUGGCCAAAGACAACCUGAUCGGACAGAUGAGACAGGAACUCAUCGACCUGCGCGGGCCGGUGCCAGGGGACCUGAGCCAGACCUCUGACGAUCCCAGCCUAUCUGACUUCGAGACAACACAACGUGCCCUUGUCAACGUGUGGAUCCCUUCAGUGUUCCUUCAAGGUCGGGCUGCCAACACCUAUCAUGUAUAUCAGGUCUACAUUAGAAUCCUGGACAAUGAGUGGAAUGUGUACCGGCGCUACGCUGAGUUCAGGGCACUGCACAAUUAUCUGCGCCCGCAAUUCCCACAAGUCGACACGUUCAAUUUCCCACCUAAAAAAGCCAUCGGCAACAAGGAUGCCAAGUUUGUCGAGGAGAGAAGGAAACAUCUGCAGUCAUACCUGCGCAUGGUGAUGAAUAAACUGAUCCAGACACUGCCUGAAUUCACUGCCCAGCCAACAAAGGAGACUUUACUGCAUUUACUGCCUUUCUGCCAGGACAGCCCGACGGCUAAUGAGAGUGGAGCCAAAACUGCCCGAUCCAAAGCCUCCAGCCGCUUCCCAAGACUAGGCCGUAACUCUGGCCGAGAAGCCCGGAACCCCGAACCCCAGAGCGGUGACCUUUAACCUUUGAGCGCAAUCCUCAGAGCUCAUCAGUAUGGAUGUACCGAACCAUGGACCUUCUCUUCUAUUAUGGAUGUACACACCGACACCGUUGGGGACUAGCUGGGUCUAUAAGCGCCGAACAAAAUCUGCAAGAAACUGCAGCGUUUAUCGGUUCAGAGGAAGAACUUUUUCAGUUACUAUCGUGCCUAGUGAUUUAUUACACAUGUUGUUUUUGGGAAAAGCCAGGAUGUCAUUUUGACUAACAGCAGCGACAUGAAACUUUUAUGAGACUGCGAUGAGAAUUAUGCGAUUGUCUGGAAAUAAUUUGCACAUCAUCAUAUUAUUUGACUGCCACACAUGGGACUCAAUUUUAUUUUUCUGUUUGUGUACAUUUUGUUCCCAUGCUCUGCUAUGUAUGAGGCUCAAAGUUAGAUGUAAUUGUGUUACGACUGCACUUAUAAUACAUAUAAAAAACAAUCGCUCUCCACCUUCCUGUUCAUAGUAGAUUCAAAAAACGAUUUUACGUCGAUGAAUGUCUGGUAAGGAUGAAAGCGCUAAUCGGAUCUGGGUUCUCUUGCUUCAGAGACCUUGUCUUCUGUCCCUGAAAACCUUUCAUCGGAGGUUUCCAGGGCUGCCAUUAUCCUUUAUGACCUCAAGAGUACUGUUACACACAAAGAUGUGGCGUAUCGUAUUAUCUGGACUGAACAGAAGAGAAUUUCGUAGCAGGGGAACCUCCACCGAACGCGUGAGAGAUAAUUUUUGCCCUAUUUUAACUACAAGCACAAUGAUGAUUGGAAUUUAUUACUAAUAAAUAGUAUUUAUGGUUUUAACAUGUUAUAUUGUAUAUGAAGAUCGUAGAGAGGAACCAUGAUGUGUUUAAGUAAAUUAAUAUUCCGCUAUCAAAUUGAUUGUGAUGUAGAAUUGCCAUCAGAUUCUGUUCGGCUGUAAUGCAUACAGUAGCAGAUCUUUUGUGUGCUUUGCAUAUGUGUCUGUUUGCAAACUUUUGUACUAGUAAGCAACUGUAUAUGAUGGUUUUUUCUUAAACAAAGUAUCUUUCUGUCCCAAAUGUGACAGGAAGUUGCUGUUUUGCAGCCUUAAGAGUACACGAGCUUAAUGAAUACACAAAUAAACACAAGUACCACUGCA